GAGCAGCUCCUGAGCGACGCGUCAGCGAUGGAAGUGGGUGCGGCGGUGGCAGUGCUCGAGCAUGUCGCCGUGGCGAGGCACCAAGAGCCCGAGCUCUUCAUGCUCGCGGCGCGCCAGGCCAUGCGAACGCUGGAGCCACGCGGGCCCGCAUUCUGGACCACGGCCGUGCGACUUCUUGGCCUUUGUGGCCGGGGUGGCUUUGAGGCGAGCAGCGAGGUCAUGGAGCAGCUGGCGUUACU